GCGGCGCGCUGCGUGGUGGUGGCGGUGGUGGUGGUGACCCCCGUGGCUGCGUUGCAGCGGCUACCGGGGCGGGGGUUGGUGGUGGAGGAGGUGGGUGGUGGUGGCUCCUCAGCGUUUUCCUUGCCGCGUCUUCGUUCACGACUCCUGUGACCCCCUUUUGCUAAAGUUGUGACACCAUCGAUCGGCAACCAUGGGGGACAUGAAGUCCUCUCCCGAGUACAACUUCUUUCGCAGCACCGUGCCUCUCAAGCGGAUUGUUGUGGACGAUGAUGACAGCAAGGUGUGGGCACUGUAUGAUGCGGGGCCGCGCCAAGUGCGUUGUCCUCUCAUCUUUCUGCCGCCCGUUAGCGGCACUGCCGACAUCUUCUUCCAGCAGAUCCUGGCGCUGACGGCUCGCGGCUACCGCGUCAUCUCUGUGCAGUACCCCGUCUAUUGGAGCCUGAGCGAGUUCUGUACAGGAUUCCACAGACUCUUGGACCAUCUUCAACUCGACGAAGUACACUUAUUUGGGGCAUCUCUGGGUGGGUUUCUGGCACAAAAGUUCACAGAGUACACAUUCCGCUCACCCCGCGUUCAUUCCCUCAUCCUGUGCAACUCCUUCUGCGACACAGCUGUCUUCAACCAGAUGUGGGGUGCGAAAAGCUUUUGGAUGGCCCCAUCCUUUGUGCUGAAGAAGUUUGUCAUGGGGAAUUUUGCGUACGGACUCAUGGAUGCUGCCAUGGCCAAUGCCAUCGACUUCAUGGUGGAUUCGGUUGAAAGCUUGACUCAGGGUGACCUGGCAUCGCGCCUCACACUCAACUGUCAGGAUUCAUACGUGGAGCCGCACAAGCUGAAUGGCAUCGUCAUCACUGUCAUGGACGUGUUUGAUGAAAGUGCGCUCUCCGUGGACGUGAAGGAAGAGAUGUACAAGUUGUUCCCCUUGGCCCGGAGGGCUCACCUCAAGACCGGCGGCAACUUUCCUUACCUUUCCCGCAGCAUGGAAGUAAACCUCCACAUCCAGAUUCACCUCCGACAGUUCCUCGGUACGCCGUACGCCGCCAUCGAAUCCGACACGAUCAACUCGGAGGAACUUCAGUUGUGCCGGGGUGGGAAUCUCACUGAGGCUUUGGAGGAUGAGGAAGGAAACCACAAAAAAUAAGAGUUUGUUGAGUGACUCGUCAUUGCUGGUGGGGUGGGGGGGGGGACCUGUUAGGGUGGCCGUGGGUGGCGGCGGUACAGGAGUCUACAGGAGUAUAAAAUGCAUCCGUCGUCGCUGCCCACAAUUAUGAGGUGCUGCUAAUGUUUGGUGUUGAAUCUUUGUGCACCACUGCUGUCAUUUUAUGCUCAUUCAUGCCCCACAAUGUUGUGAGUUUAAGAUUUCCAUGUUUACUUUGUGUUAGCGUCUGUAUGUUAAGUUCUCUGACGAGAGACCCAACUGAUGAACAUACAAAUGUUAGAUGGACGUGGAGUUUUUUUUCUUGAUAAAAGUCAUGCCAGUGGAAAGUAAAUCUCGAGAAAUGUUUUGGAGUUAAAUCUUUUGAUACUACAUUUGAUGGAAUUUAUAAAGUAGUUACAUCUUUGGUACCUUUUUUGUGAAGGCCAUUAUUCCUUGUUAUCAAGGAAUAUGUUUGCAUUUUUGUACCACAUGUAUGUGUGGUUAAUGCAGACUUUAUGCAUUGUAAUGUGUCUAUUUGGUGUUUGAAUACCUCAACACCUGUAUGCAUACUAGAGAGGGUAAAGCCUUUUGUUUCAUCAGUUACUGAUACUUUGGUGUAUGACUUAACUCCAAAAUAUUUCUCUCGAAUUUCAAGAUGUCAUGCAAUUUUCUAUAUUUUUUGUUUCCCAGCUGCGGAUGUUUUAAUAUCUGUAACUAUUGUUCACAAAUAUUUUGCACCACAAUCAUAAACUGUAGUUUUCUAGUACGGUAGUGUGAUGUACUGUUUUGAGUUUGUUUUUGUGUUAAAACAAUGGUUUUGUGUGAGGUGUGGGGACACUUGAGUAGAAAAGCCAGUAGUGUUGAAUGGAAGUUGAGGUGUUGGUGUUUACUAAUGUAAUGGUUGGACUUGUUUGGUGCAGUACACAUAUAAGCCAAGCCACAAAAUAUCUCAAGAGUUCAGUCUGGCCAGAUCCUCUGACAUCCGUAUGGACUUCUCAUCACUAGAGCAUUUAUGAACACGUUAAAAAAACAUGAUCAUCCUGGAAAAAUCCUAUGCAAAUGUUACUUUCUCAUCUUCCUGCCUUAUGAUUGUCAUUGACAGAUCAGAUGGCAUUGUCUCCACAUUUUGUUGUCACUGAUUCGAGUUAGUAUUUUUCAGCACCACGAUAUUAAAGCAAUACGAAGCAUACAAGCAACAUGUGUUACCUUCCAAUCAGCUGUUUUACUUGGUAGCUAAAUUACAUUUAUAGCACAUGUUUAAAUUGCAUUAUUUGUAUUGCUAUUAAAACACUUAAGUGUCAUUGAUGUGAUGUUAUACAUUACAACAUGGCUUUUUUUAUUUAAACAAGCAUUACUCUUACAUUUUGACGAAAAUAGAAAAUAGCAUCUGGUAAUGUGAAUGUUGACUGAAAAUAUAAGACGACACUAAUUGAUAGGGACGUGGUCUGUAGAUAUAACCUGUGCCUUUUUCUCUAAAAGAAAAACAAUCAGUCUAACUGAACACUUUGUAAUAUUUGACAUGAAACCACCGUACUCCAUUUACACCCCAGAAAGCAUUAAUUGUUAUCAAUAAUAUCCUCAGUUUACUCAUGAUGCAGUAUUUUUUUCUUUGCUGAAUUUGUACAUCGUGUUUGAACAAUAUAUUCCAUUUUAUGCAAUCGUUGGUAUGUUUUAAUUAUGUAGACCACUUAUAUUUUUCUGUAUAGUUUACCACAUUUUAUAUUCAACAAAACAUAAAAGUGAACUGCCAACCGUUGUAGUUAUCCUUUAGGAAGUUGUAUUUGUAUAUGUAGCAUUUAUAAGGAUCUUUCAAUGUAGGUGCCUUUAAUAAAACUAAAACCUCACAAAUG